CACUAAAAACGUUCCCAGCUUUGAAUGUAAAAAAAAUUUCCACUGAAAAGUUGGAACUUGAAAAGGGAAGUUUAUAACAAAAUUUUCCCUGAUAAAAUUGUGCCGUAGGGUUUACUCAGCCGCUCAGUCACCCCUCUCUUCGCAAUCAGCCGCUCAGCAAAACAGCAGCUCCACUGCGAAAGUUUUCUCUUGCUCUCUCUUCCGAGUAAAGGCAGCCUCUCACCAGUACUAUUGGCAGCCUUGCAACCUCAAUAAGUACCGCUAAUCAGUGAGGUGCACCUUACCUCUACACCUAUGGAUGCAUCCGUAUGCAAACUUCACCCUUGAUAAACACAGUAAGUUAAAGAGGUAACUUACUGGGAACCUCGAGGUACUGAUAAAAACAAGUAAGUCAAAGAGGUAACUUACUGGGAACCUCGCUGAAGGGUAAAAGUAAGUUACCCACCCCCGACUGCCCUCGCGAAGAAGAGGGUAUUUGCUUGUCCCCGACUGCCGUAACCACAGAGCGGAGACCAUCUUGCGCUUUCUCUUUGCGCCUAUGAGCCUCCUCACAAAGGGAAAAUUUCACAGUUCUCUCAUUUUCCAAUUCUUCUUUUCAUCUGGUUUCUUCUACUACACAGUGGAUUAUCAAAGAUAGAGACCCAUAACUUCUUUAACGUUCCAGCAAGUUAUCAAACGCAGAAACCCAGAACUUCUUUAACAUUCCAGCAGGUUAUCAAACACAGAAACCCAGAACUUCUUAUAGUAACUUCUUUAUUGACAGCAAAGAAGAAGUUCCAAUUUCCAGGGAAUAUUUACCUUCCAGUUAUCAAACACGCCCAUAUACUGAACUGCACUGCAGAAUGAAAUAAUAAACCAAAAAAGAGGAGGCGCGGUUCCGAAAAAUGUCUGCAAAAGCUGUGAAAUUUGCUGUAAAUGCAGCAAAAAUGGGUGUAAAAUCGGCUUUAAAUGGUUCAAAAUUCUCUGCAAAUUCAUCUGCAAGUCUAGUUGAGAAACCAGCCGGGGGUUAUCCAUGGAGAGAGAAACUCGAAAAGCACAAAGAAGAGCUUUCAAAGGGAGUUUGGGGAUAUUGGCACCUUGGGUCAUGGAAACCUCUCGCCAUUAGUGCAAGACAUCGAGCUCGAGUCAGGAAGGAAGUUUUAUUGGCUGGAGAGGAUUGGCCAUAUGAUCCACCAAGAAAAGAAAUGAGGAGCAAAAGGAAGGGUCACAAGUGCGAUAGAAUAUCAGCAGAGAAGAGGGCAAAAACUGCUGAACUCAUGAAGAAAAUGCCAGAAAUGUUACUGAAAUACAAGAAGAGCAGAUGGGAAAAGAAGAUGAAAGAGGAGGAUUCAAAGGAUUCAUAAUAUUGGGGUGCCAAGAAAUUCUCAGUUUCUGUGUGGGUGCGUGGAAUCAUGUUGCUGUACUUAAUGAGUCACUUGUUCUAAACUUCGUUAUAUUUUAGUUUGUUAUAUUUUAGUUUUAUAGUGGGUGUUUGUGGCUGAGUUUUUGAAGGCUGUUGUAAUGAGAUUAUGAAUCAAGAUUGGCAUUUUGUAGUGAUAUUAAGUAGUUAUCCAAAAAUUGGAAUCGGGCGGCCCUGAAUUGCUAGUCUGAUUGUAA